AUGGAUGAAAUUAGAAAAUAUUUUGAUGAUUUGAAACUGGUAAGUGCUUGGAAGGUUGGAUUGAUGGAUGGAAGGCAUAUAAUGAUUCAAUUAGCAAAGGAAGAGGAUUAUGCAAGGCUCUUUGCUAAACAAGUUCUAUUUUUGGAUGGUAUUUCUAUGAAAUUGCUUAAAUGGACUAUUGAUUUUGAUCCCUCAAAGGAACCCAAAAUAGUUAUCAUCUGGUUCAAGCUUCCUAGGCUGAAGCUACAUUUCUUCAACCACCAAGUUUUCUUCACCCACCAAGUACUGUUUACUACUGGCACUGCCCUUGGAAGACAAAAGAAGCUUGAUGCUCUUACAUUUAACCUCUCAAGACCUUCUGUGUCUAGAAUCCUGGUGGAAAGGGAUAUCACUCAACCUGAAAUAGAUGACAUAUGGUUGAGCACUGCUAACAAUGGUUAUUGGCAGAAAAUUGUUAUGGAGCAAAGGCCUUAUUAUUGCCAUAAUUGCAAGAGGUUUGGGCACACUAACAACAGAUGUUUCAGAUUGCAUCCCAAGAAAAAGAAUUCAGUCUCUGGACACACUCCUAUCCCUACACAACAAUUUACUUCACUACAUUUGAACCCUGAAUCUCCCACCAAAACCUUGGCCCAAAACCUUGAUAAUGAUCCCAAACCACCUUUAAAUUCCCCUACACUUGAUAUUGUUGAUUGCCCACCCAUGGUGGAAAUCCAAUCUGAGGCCCCUCUUGAAGGAACCCCUGAAAAAUUUGCCUUCCCCUCUUUUCCCUUCCCAGCCCAAUGCUCUCAAUCUUCAAGCUGA